AUGGGGGUGACAGGUGCCAGUGGAUUUCCUUGUUGCAGCAAGCAGUCCGUGAACAUUGUGGAUACACAGAGUUUCUUACCUCCACACCAAUUUGAGUCCCCGCUGGACCAAGGGGAAGAUGAGAUGGAGGGGGAAGAUGUACAAGAUGUCCUGCUAGACCAUGUGGUAAUGUCCAAGAUGGAAGCAGAUCCGGACCUGGACCUGAACCUGAACCCAAACCUGGACUCAGAGGAAGAGGCAGACCUCGACAUCAAACCAUAUGAGCCUGAGCCAGUGUCAGACGAAGAGCCAGAGCUGAAUGUGAGAGCCGAGCCCGAUUCCUCCUGGGAGGAGGAGAACCUCAGCCUGUGCACCCUCAAGUUCAGCCCGAACUACCUGGAGUUAGAGGAGGAGCCAGGGUCCAUGAACCACCGCUCCAUCUGCGUGCAGACCUCCAACCACCUCUUCUGGGCAGAGAAGGACCUCCAGGCCUCAGAACACAGCAUAGAACAGGCACUGAGUAAGGUGAACUACAAGGACAUCACAGACCAGCCAACUUCCAGCCAUGUGGGCCACGAGACCAUCUCCAAGGGCACUCAGUGCUCUAAGGAGGAGCCCCAGCCCCGCCAUGUGGGCCACGAGGCUAUCUUCAGGGACACUCUCUGCUCUCAGGACGAGCUGCAGAACCGCAAAGCCCAGGAAUUUCCUUCAAACACAAGCUCCCAGGAGGCACCAUCAAGCCCCCCUUCGGCCUCCUCCACUCUCCCAAAGGCUAUUGGCCUGCCUGAGUUAAUCAACUUUGCAUCGUCCCUGGUCACGGCCUCCAGCAGCAAGGAACUGCCCACCUUGGAGCACUUAAUCAGAGCAUCUUCGCGCCAGGCUGUGGAGCCUUGUACAGAGCCUCCCAAGGAACUUCUUCCUGCCCAGCCCACCAGGAAGGAGCCAGAGCUACAAAAGCCUGAGGAGUUACCACCAGAGAAACCACUUGAAGCUGGUGAGCCACAAAGUGUUUGGAAUGAGGAAUGCAAAGAUUUCUCCCACACUAGCCUGGACUUCAACAAGCCAGGCACCAGGAAGGCCAUGAUUCAAGGGGAGGUCAAGUUUCUGCAACCACCAGUCUGGCCCACACCGCCUCGGAGAGACAGGAGAGACUCGGUGCCGGGAACCAGGAAACGGAAUCCGUUAUUGCUGAAAAUCCACUUUAAGUUGUCAUCUCCCUCUUCCCUACAGAAAUGA